AUGGACCAGCAGAAGCAAGUCGUGAAGUGGCUGAUGCUUUCCAACGAUCAGCUCCUGGCAGUGGUCGAGGAGCAGCGCGCUCUCAUCGAGCAUCUACGCUGGGAGACCCGGCCUAGCGGGCCCAGGAUGGCGCCGCUUUCGCUUGGCGACAUCAGUGAGUCUCAGGAAGCACUGAAGGACUGUUCGAAGACGUGGACCUCCACCUUGCAGCAAAGAGAGGAUGCAUUGCAGCCUGUGGCCUUUGCGGCCAGCCAGGGGCAGCAGGCUUCCUCGCCUGAAGGUGCCCCUGCAAUGUGCUGCAUUUGGCCUCCUUCAGCUCCGCGCUACGUGCUACGCAAGGUGGGGCCUUGGAGGAGCUACCCACAAAGCCGCUGA